GUGGCAAUUAUUCAGAAAUCCUUGCAGUACACUGGCAGCCACCGUAAGCACCAGAGCCAUGUAAACAAAAGGCUGAUUUCAUAGAUUUGGGCCUAUAGGUUUUAGGCAAAAUCUGCAGAAAUGGGCAAGCGAGAUAAUAGAGUGCCGUACUUGAACCCAAUAGCUGCUGCCAGAGCCAGAGGACCUGUUCCCAACUAUGGCACCACCAUUCAGGAUUAUCUAAGCAGACCACGGCCAUCAUGGGAGGAGGUAAAAGAACAGCUGGAAAAGAAAAAGAAAGGCUCCAGAGCCCUGGCUGAUUUUGAAGACAGAAUGAACAAGCGAUGGAAGAAGGAGCUGGAGAAAAACAGGGAGAAGGUACUUGGUGGAGGUGAAAAGAAAGAAAAAGACAAGGAGAAGGAAAAGAAAGAGAAAAAGGAGAAGAAGAAAAAGUCCAGUAGGCAUUCCUCAUCCUCCUCCUCCUCCUCAUCGAGUUCUGAUUCCUCCUCCAGUUCCUCCUCAGACUCUGAAGAUGAUGAUGAUAAGAAAAAUGUGAAAAAGAAGAAAAAGAGGAAAAGAUCCAAUGCCCGGCGAGCAUCUGAUGACUCUGACAUCAAGUCAGAGACUGAUAGCAGGGAGUCUUCCAAGAAAAAGAAGAAACUGGAUGGAGAGAUAGACAAGGAUGAAAAGGAUGGCCGAAUGAAGAGGAAAGCUGAAAGGAGUCACUCAGAGUCCUCAGACGGGUCUGAUGUAGACAGAGAUGCUGAGUCCAAAAAGAAAAAACACAGUAGUGAAGAGAAGGAGAAAAUUACAGACAAGUAUAAGAAGAAAAAGAAAAAGAAGAAGCAUAAGAAACACAGCAAAAAGAAAAAGAGGAAGACUUCCGGCUUUGAUUUGGACUAAAGGACUAGUGAGUGUGGUGUCCUGCACAACAGGCAGCUGGAAUUCGGAGUGGGAAUGGAGACUUGAGCUCUUGCCGGACUGUGGGGGAAAAAAACUUUAGAUAUUUGUCAAAGUGACUCGUAAAAGUGGGUGCUUCUUAGCACCGUGCGGCUUUGUGGCCGACUUGGAUGAGAGGAUCAUGUGGUUGGGGAGUUGAAAGGGGGGUGGGGUACAUUAUGUCAGGUUUGUGUUUGUUUUUUAAGCAGAUGAUUCUCAGUCCAAAUAAAGGUCAUUUACACCACUGGCGGCCCUGUGUACAGUAUCUUUGUGCUGAUGUGGAUCUGCAUGAGAAAUGCUGGUUUCGGGUUGUAAAUGCGACUGAUUUGCAAUAAAUAUUUAUAGAAAA